AUGACGAGGAAAGACCUGCGCACUGCCGCAUGUGGUCGUGCGCUCGGCUCGCUGAGUCCGAAGCCGAGUGAUGAGAAUAGUCUGGCCUGGUUGGCCUGGUUCGAGGAGCGCCACCUGGCUGGACGCGUGCUGGCGCAGGUGUUUGCGGCCCACGACGUCAAGUUCCGAUCCACAGCUCAUUAUCCCACACUUCAACCCCCCUACCCCUCAAACCUCCUCACCAAGGGCGGCCUCAUUCACGAGGCAUUCGACAAUGCUCGGUUGGACGUCAACGAGCUCCGCGCAGGGGUCUCGAUGGAGAAGACUGGCCUCCCGGAGGACCCGAUAUCGGUGACGAUGUGCUCGGCCCUUAUUCAGGUGGCCAGUGACGUCCACACCGAGUUCCUCAAGGCCAAGGAGAACGGCAUUGAGCCAAGGGUCAUAAUACCCAUGACCAGCUCGCAGAAAACAACAACAACACCGCACAACCCAGCGAAUUAG